CAAUACUACCACAAGAGGCCGCCAGAGAUAAUGACAGGCACCGCCCGAUCUCACGAUCUCAGAGCAAGUGACCUCAUCUCCACUGCGCUGACUGAUCACAAUAUGCGGCUCCUACACGAGGGCGGGAACUCUCCGCUCACUACUCCCUGCCCCCACUAUCUAUGGGGCUCACGUCUCAGACUCCCAGCGGCCUGGUGUACAAUACAGGAGUCACCACUACAGGGUCCUGUCCCUCCUAUGACUAUCAAAAUGAGGACAGCGAUGAUGACGGGUGCCAGCCUGGCCCUUACAGCUGCAGUGGUGGCCCAUGCCUAUUACCUCAAGCACCAGUUCUACCCAACAGUUGUGUAUCUAACAAAGUCAAGUCCCAGUAUGGCUGUGCUUUAUAUACAAGCGUUUGUCCUAGUCUUCCUUCUCGGAAAGUUCAUGGGUAAAGUGUUUUUUGGUCAGCUAAGAGCGGCUGAGAUGGAGCAUCUCCUGGAGCGCUCGUGGUAUGCAGUUACAGAGACGUGUCUGGCUUUUACUGUAUUCCGGGAUGACUUCAGCCCACGAUUUGUGGCCCUCUUCACUCUUUUACUAUUUCUCAAGUGUUUCCACUGGUUGGCUGAGGAUCGUGUUGAUUUUAUGGAGCGCAGUCCAAACAUUUCCUGGUUAUUUCAUUUCCGUAUUCUUGCACUGAUGCUCUUGCUGGGCGUGUUGGAUGUUCUCUUUGUGUCUCAUGCUUAUCACAGUUUGGUCACCAGAGGGGCCUCAGUGCAGCUGGUAUUUGGAUUUGAGUAUGCCAUCCUCAUGACAAUGAUCCUCACAGUCUUCAUAAAGUAUGUUCUUCACUCCGUGGAUCUUCAAAGUGAGAAUCCAUGGGACAAUAAAGCAGUUUACAUGUUAUACACUGAACUUCUGACUGGCUUUAUAAAGGUUUUGUUGUACAUGGCUUUCAUGACAAUCAUGGUUAAAGUCCACACAUUUCCACUAUUUGCAAUCCGACCAAUGUAUCUGGCAAUGAGGCAGUUUAAAAAGGCCGUCACUGAUGCCAUCAUGUCCAGGAGAGCGAUCCGCAACAUGAACACCCUGUAUCCCGAUGCCACACCAGAGGAGUUGCAGGCAAUGGAUAAUGUGUGCAUCAUCUGCAGGGAGGAGAUGGUGACAGGAGCGAAGAGACUUCCCUGCAACCACAUCUUCCACACCAGCUGUUUGCGUUCUUGGUUCCAACGACAGCAGACUUGUCCCACAUGCCGAAUGGAUGUCCUCAGAGCUUCUCUGCCUACACAGACUCAGGCACCAGUAGAUCAGCCUGACCCUGCCCAGCAACCCCAUGCAGCUCCUGCUCAACCAACUCCAGUUAUUCCGCCACCACCCAACUUUCCUCCAGGGAUGCUUCCACCUUUUCCACCUGGAAUGUUUCCACUGUGGCCUCCAAUGGGACCUUUUCCACCAGUCCCUGGGACACCCGGAGCCAAUGCCCCGGAGGAUGCCAAUGCUGGACCUUCCACUACAUUUGCCCCUAGGCCUGGUGAUGCAUCAAACACUGGUGGUCCUGAUCCAUCAACAGGGACGUCUCUGCCAGGCUUUCCCUUCCCACCUCCAUUUUUGGGAAUGCCACUGUUUCCACCAUUUGGUUUGCCUCCCAUGCCAAUGCCUCCUGCUGGUUUUGCGGGUAUGACAGAUGAAGAGUUGAGGGCAAUGGAGGGUCAUGAAAGGCAGAAUCUGGAAGCCAGGCUACAGUGUCUUCAGAACAUCCAUACCCUUCUAGAUGCUGCCAUGUUACAGAUAAACCAAUAUCUCACAGUGCUGGCAACUAUUGGGCCCCCUCGUUCUCCGGUGCUCUCUACACAAUCACCAUUAGUUACCUCAGAUAUAGUUUCAUCCAGUCAGGCAGAAGACGUUCCCGCUCCUGAUACAUCCUCAGCUGUCGCCGAGGCCUCACAGUCAGUUGAAGAAGACUCCACCAGUGAAGAGAUUACCAAUGUUUCUGAAGAUGGCACCUCAACAGAAGAACCAGAUGCUGCAGAGCUCCGAAGACGUAGACUUCAGAAACUGGAAACGGGCACCUCUGAAUCUCUCUGAGGUUUUGCUUCUGACCUCAUUGGCACAAAUGAACUGUUCAUUAAGAACAGAAAAUGAGCUUCUUUUGGACUCUGAAUGAAAGCCUGACAAGACUUAAGCUGGACUUCUAUACAUAUAUAUAUUUUUUAAGGACACAAUCCAGGCUCUUCAUGAAAAUGCUUGUUAAAUGAGGGAAAACCUAUGACCUCAUUAAAUGUGUUGGACUUGUUUCAGUAAAAUUAAAUAUUGGACUGGUCUAUUUUACUGUAUAAACUUUAAUUUAAUCAUUAAUAUGUUUAUCCAUUAAAUUGGUAUUUCCAUAUG